AUGGACAAAUAUGGCGAUAAAAACAGAAUCAUUCAAGCUCAUUUGGACUUUUUAGAAAAUUUGACGCCAAUACGAAAUCCAUCACCGACUUCACUAAACGAAGUUUUUAUUGAGUGUAAUAGAAGAUUACAAGCUCUACGUUCCUUGGGAGAGGAUGUUAAUUCUUACGGCCGAAUUUUAACUCCUAAAAUUUUACGAGCAUUUCCGGAUGACAUUUGCCGCCGUUGGAUUAUUUUUGCGAAACGACAGAAAAUUUCGGAAGGUGACAUAACAAAAUUAAUACAAUUUCUCUCGGAAGAAGUAGAAGGUGCACUUACUACUCUGAAAAUUAGAGGUGAGCAGUCUGUUCAAUAUGAUUUUAAACCUUCCACUGCUAACUUAUAUGUUAAUUCCAAGAACACUACGCCAAUUAAAAAACGUUCUCCAUUUUGUGCUUUCUGUGAUACUAAUGGACACUGGCCGCAAGACUGUAACAUUGUAACUGAUAUAGAUAUUCGUAAACAAAAGUUAAAAAAUAGUAAUCGUUGUUUUUUAUGCACUAACCGUGGCCAUAACUUAAAUAAUUGCCCUCGGAAAGACAAAGCCCGUUGCUAUAAAUGCAAAAAAAGGCAUCAUGUUUCCAUCUGUAAAACUGUAACUGAGAAUCCAAAUUUAACUACCAUUCCAGUUACGUCUACUAAUAACGUUGAUAUUAUAACUCCCAAAUUUACUCAUCUGCAAACUGCUCGAGUAUAUGUAAUUGGCCCAACUGGUAAAACAAAAGUAACGCGGUGUCUCUUAGACGGUGGGAGUCAGUCUAGCUUCAUUCAUCCUAGUUUGAUUGACUUCCUGCAACUGGAAAUCACUAGCUCAGAAAAAUUGAACCUUCAAGCAUUCGAAUCUAUUUCGACAAACACUGAAACGAGACGGAGGGUCAAAUUUAUCUUGUCAAGCAUUUGGAGCAACUCAAAAAUAAAUAUACAAGCAUUUGAAAGUUCGAAUACUUAUGCCUUUCAUCCAUUUACUCCACAACCUGUCUCUUCUUUUGCUCAUAGUCAAAAGUUGAAACUUGCUGAUCCAUCAGACAGCUUAAACGACUUACCUAUAGAAAUUCUGAUAGGUGCUGAUUUUUAUUGGACUAUAGUGCAUACUAAAUCUCCUAUCAGACUUUCGGCGACUCAUGUGUUAAUACCUACAGUAUUUGGAUGGAUUCUUUCCGGCAACCGUUCGUUCACUACUAUAGCAUAUUCUUCUGUUUCUUCAGUUCUCAACAUUAGCUCAGAAACUUUGGUACGUGAUCUGGACGAUCACGUGAGACGAUUUUGGGACUUGGAAACAAUUGGCAUUAAAACUAUGCAGGAUAAAGGGAUGACUAUUCGUAAUUCUGAAAUUUUAAGUGAUUUUCACAAUUUAUUUUGCAAAGUUGAUGGCCGCCGUGUUGUAAAGUUACCAUGGAAACCAGAGGUGAUUCUUUCAUCGAAUAAUUACGAAAUAGCACUCAAACGAUUUCAAAUACUCCGUAACAAACUCUUUACUCAUUCAGACUUAAGAGAUAUUUAUACAGAACAGAUGCAAAAUUAUAUCGAUAACCAAUAUGUUGAACUUGCUGAUAAUAGUCCUUGCAACGAAUCAAAACUAUUUUACUUGCCUCAUCAUAUAGUGAAAAAACAAAAGAAUGACGAAAAGAAAUGGCGAAUUGUAUUUGACGCUUCUUCUCAUACACCAGGACAUCCUUCCUUAAAUGAUGCUCUUGAGCAGGGUCCUAAUUUGCUUCCAGAAAUAUUUGCAACAUUGUUACGAUUUCGACUUCACAAAUUCGCAAUCACAAGCGACGGACGUCAAGCAUUCUUGCAACUUAUUUUGGAUGAAGAGGAUAGAAAUAGUACUAGGUUUCUGUGGUUUAGGACGGAAAAGGAUGCAAACGGAAAAAUACAUUUGCGAAAUGAAAUACUUACUUAUCGUUUUUCACGUUUACCUUUUGGAUUGACUUCUAGUCCUUUUUUGCUUUCUGCCACUCUUCGUGAAUUAGCUAAUAUGCACUCUGAUUCCUACCCUACUGCAGCUAAACACCUGGAGAAUAAUAUUUUCAUGGACGACUUUGUUAUGGGAGUGGAUACUGCUGAACAAGCAACAAUUCUUUACCAAGAAAUGCAAGAUUUAAUGACACAGAUAAGUUUACCUUUGGCUAAAUGGAGUACAAACUCCAAGAACCUACAGACUAUUUGGGAACUAAAGGAUAUCAUCUUCAAAUGCAAUACGCAAGUAUUGGGAAUUAACUGGAAUACCAAAGAAGACGUGUUUCAUACAGAUAUAAACGAAAGUGUUUAUCAGUUUGCUGUUCCUGCAACAAAACGUUUACUUCUUAAAAUUGUAUCAAAGUUGUAUGAUCCUUUAGGCCUCUAUGCACCAGCAAUAGUAGUUGGAAAAAUUCUUUUUCAAACCACGUGGCUCAUGGGAGUUCAAUGGGACGAAAUUCUUCCUCCAGGCAUUGCCGCAAGCUUUAACAGAUGGGUAUCUGAAAUAUCAUCCUUAAACAAGAUACACAUUCCUCGCUGGAUUGGAAUUUCUGCUACUUCUCACAUGACUAUCCAUGUCUUUUGCGAUGCUUCGGAAAAGGCCUAUGGAGCCGCAAUAUACAUUUGUUUCACUGAGCGUAACGAAAGAAAGGUUCACCUAGUUUGCAGUCGCAAUAGACUUUCUCCACUUAAAAAGGUGACACUUCCACGGUUAGAACUUUUGGCAGCCUUACUAGGAGCUCGUUUACUUCACUAUUUUUGCAAAGAAACUGGUUUAGAAAAUCAAACAUCAACACUUUGGAGUGAUUCAACUGUUGUAUUAAGUUGGAAAAGAAAUGAUCCUAAUCGAUGGAAAACAUUCGUAUGUAACCGAGUCACUGAAAUUCUUCAAUACACUUUUCCAGCGCAGUGGCGACAUUGCCCAGGCACACAGAACCCAGCAGAUCAUCUCUCCCGUGGUGUAUUCCCAGCAGAAUUACCAUAUCUAGAAACUUGGUGGAACGGCCCAAGUUGGUUAGCACAAAUUUCGGGCGCCUGGCCAGUCCAAAAACAUUUUGACAAAUGA